UCAUACCAAUUGAACGCGCUGAAAUGAAAGGGCUUGUUCUAAGCGCUUCUUGAAAUUUGGAGAGGAUCGCAAGUGCUCUUGAUGCAUCAAGAAAUGUUUUGUAUUUAAAAAAGUACAUCUUCAAGAUGUGAAUUGCCAGUACGACAGAUUUUGUUUGCUUUUUAUCGGAAAUUACCUGAAUCUCAUUUCAUUUAUUAUUUUCAUUAGUUGAUUUACCUGAAAAGUAGUUUAGGCCGACUGAGUUUGUUGUCUAGUGUAUGAUCACGAUACUGAAGAAUUUAUGUACUUUAAAAGAGAAUUUUUAACGAUAUAAGUGCAAUUACAGAAGUUAAUUUGCGCUUGAAAGUAAACGAAAUUUCAUUGGAAAAUAAUAGGAUAUUUGAAUACGGAUUGCAUCUCCUUAAUGAUACCAUUAUAAGCAACGAAUGACAUUUUCUCAUUUAAAUGCUUUGAAUAAAUGUAAUUAGCCGGACGAAAUAAUAGUUUGUUUCCAUAUAGGAAAUAAAUAUUUAGAAAGUGUAAAAAAUACAGGGAAGCAUGGAAUAUAUGCAGCAAAGUGAAAGGAUAUAAGGAGCAUUGUUAAGUGGCUGUGUCGAGAAAAUAUAUUAAAGAGAUUUGAAAGGUAAAUAGCAUAAAUGUGUGGUAAUCUAAGACAGAUUAUUUCUUAUCUGAUGGAACUUUUAUCAGUAUUGAAUUAUUAUAUGUCAGUAUAAUAAAUUCGCUCUUAUUAAACAUUUAAAAACUCAGUUACAUUAAUCAACAGUCGAAAUGAAAGAAUGAAUUCACGGUUUAUCAAGAUAACAUUUUCUUACACUCCGAUAUUAAUGGAUGAUUUCUGAGUGAAAACUGGAGCUAUGAGUUUCAUUGAAAUAUAAAGUAAACCAUCCUAUUUUCAAAUUUAUAAUUAUUUAUUAUAUUUACUGAGAACUUACUGUGUUCAGGUUUUAGCAAUAAUUUUACAAAUUCUCUGACAACGUCGUAACAUUGUGAGAACAAUGGCAUCCGCACAAGCCUUCUUUCUGCAAAGGUUUGAAGAUUAUUUCAGGUUGCAAAAGUCAUCAGCAGUAUGGACGUUAACGACUUCCGUGCUUAUGAUAACGUUGAGCAUUAUAUAUUAUAUUUAUAACACAAAAAAAUGUAAAGCUCCUGCGAAAAGAAUUCCAGGACCAAAGGUGAAUGGUUUCAUCACUAAUGUUGUGCCUUUAAUUAGCAUUUUUAGGAACAAGGCAGCCAGCAACAGAGUGCUGUUCUUCCAAGUGAUCUGUGCCUAUUCCCAUGUGUUUCGAAAGGAGGGUAUGUGGCUGUUCUGGGGUGGAUUGAAGCAAGUUCUUAUUCUCUACAAAGCAGAAACAGUUGAGCCUGUGCUCAACAGCAAUGAAAUCUUGAACAAAGGUUUUGAAUAUGAAUUUGUAACUCCUAUGCUGAAAGAAGGAUUGUUAACAAGCAAGGGAAACAAAUGGAGAUACCGAAGGAAACUCCUGACACCAGCCUUCCAUUUCCGUAUUUUAGAUGAGUUUAUACCGAUCUUUAAUGAGCAGGCUCAAAUUUUUGCUUCUAAGAUCGCCGCACGGAUAGCGAAGGAAACUUGGAUUGAUAUUGCUCCUCUGACUUCAUUGUGCACAUUAGAUAUCAUAUGUGAAACUGCUAUGGGUAAGAAGAUUAACGCACAAGGAAACAGUACAUCUCCCUAUGUACAAGCUCUGCACAAACUAUGCAAAGCUGCAACUGACAGACUCCUAAGACCAUGGAUGUGGCCCGAUUUCAUUUAUUACAGAACAACCGAAGGCAAAACUUUCAAAAAUUGCUUAGAAAUCAUGGAUAACUUUACGAGACAGGUUGUGGUUGAACGGAAAGAAGAAAAACUGAAAGAACGCGAAGUACGUGAUCACGAAAAUGGUGCGAUGGAUGACGAGAUGAUCGGCCGUAAAUGCCGGCGCCGUCUGGCUUUGCUGGAUUUGCUUCUCGAUUUGCAUCUCAAAGACGAGAGUUUCACUCUGGAAGACAUUGCGGAAGAGGUGGACAACUUCAUGUUUGCGGGUCAUGAUACAACUUCCUCUGGGCUAAGUUGGGCGUUGUAUAUGCUGGGCCUUCAUCCGGAAAUUCAAAAGAAAGUACAUGAAGAAUUGGAUGAUGUAUUAGGAGAUGAUGAAGAUAAACCCAUUAUGUUGGAGGAUAUUAAGGAGCUCAAAUAUCUCGACUGCGUCUUGAAAGAGACAAGACGUUUAUUACCGCCAACUCCUUUCAUCGCCAGAGAUCUUGAUGAGGAUACAAAUAUAAAUGGAUACAUGAUACCAAAAGGUACAAGUUGCGGAAUUUUGAUAUAUAUGCUGCAUCGUGACCCAGAUGUCUUUCCGAAUCCUGAAGUAUUUGAUCCUGACCGUUUUCAGCUGUCAAAUUCCACUGGAAGGCACCCGUUUGCGUAUGUUCCUUUUUCUGCAGGGCCUAGAAACUGCAUCGGGCAAAGAUUUGCUACCUUCGAGGCUAUAACAGUGAUGGCAACAAUACUCAGAAAAUUUGAAAUCAAAUCUAUGGAACCACUCGACAAAAUACACAUUGUGGACGAACUGGUUUUAAGAUCAGAAAGUGGUCUGAAAAUGAAUUUCAGACCUCGGCACCUCCGUAGCUUAACCGAAAGCUUAAAUUACUCUUGUUACUUUAUCUUUUUUGUUGCUUUUUGUGAAACGUGUAAUUUGUUUUGUAAAGUGUGUUAAGUGAAUCAUGUACUUAAGAUGAUUACAUAACCCAAAGACAGUGUUGUUUGCGAAAGUGAAGAAAUUUUAAAUUUUGUAGUAAAAAAUGUGUCUUCGUUCCGUAAGACAGUGCAGCAGUGAUAAGUUAUGAAAUUUAACAUUAAUAGUAGCAACAAAAAUUUGCAUUUAUUACUGCUAUUUAUCAUUUUGGUAAAUAUUGCAUGCUAAUAAAUAAUAAAAGUAUUUGUAUGUCUA